UUUUAAAAGACACUUCCUUAAAGCCCGAGUGUGGGUUCUAUGACAUACCUGUUUUAUAAGCACUCAUGAAACAACUUCCUUCUCUUCUCAACAUAUACGCAUGUUCUGUGCAAACACUAAUAGGACACUUCCAAUACAAUGAGGUUUCAUUUUCAUUACAAGAAGAAAAGCAGCUCGGUAACACUGAGCACUAACACACAAGUUAUUUUCUUCCCAACAGCCACUGCUUUUCUGCUUGGGCUGGGACUUUUAAUCGCUGUUCCGGGGUCUGUUCGGUCGAUGGGAGCGGGCCGGUUCCGCCACGCAGACGGAGGUAACUCCUACGAGGUGCCGCUUUCAGUUUUGCACUUAGGUUUUCUAACAGCCUCCAGCCGCUAACUAUCGCAUCCAGCAACGCCCCUUUGUUAGCGGCGGAUCCGUGAACGUGUCGGCUUCCGCCUGCCGCUCGCACAGACGCUCCGCCCGCCCCGCGGUUCCACCCGAGCUGUCCGGGGGGCGGUGCCUCCCGUGCUCCCGCCCGUUCCGCCCCGCUCCGCCGCCGGGCCCGGCUCGUAGGCGCCAGGCGGGCCGGGAAAAUGACCCAGGCGGAGAAAGGCGAGACGGAGAACGGCAAGGACAAGGAGCGCGAGCGAGAGCAGCGCGGCGGCAAGCGGCCCAUCGUCCCCGCCGCCGUGCCCGAGUCCCUGCAGGAGCAAAUCCAGAGCAACUUCAUCGUGGUGAUCCACCCCGGCUCCACGACCCUGCGCAUCGGGAGGGCCACGGACACGCUGCCCGUGGGCAUCCCCCACGUCAUCGCGCGGCGGCACAAGCAGCAGGGCCAGGCGGCGUACCGGGACAGCUGGCUGCUGCGGGACGGCCUCAAUAAACCUGAAAGUACAGAGCAGAGACAAAAUGGCCUAAAAAUGGUGGACCAAGCAAUAUGGUCCAAAAAGAUGUCAAAUGGUGCCAGACGUAUCCCGGUGUCACCUGACCAGGCCAGGUCAUACAACAGACAGAUGCGGCCAGCUAUUUUAGAUCACAGCUCUGGGGCCAAGUGGACAAACACCUCUAAUCAUCCUGAGUUUUUGGUAGGAGAAGAGGCACUAUAUGUUAAUCCAUUAGAUUCUUAUAAUAUACAUUGGCCUAUUAGAAGAGGGCAGCUGAAUCUCCACACAGGACCCGGCGGCUCCCUCACUGCAGUAUUAGCAGAUCUUGAAGUUAUAUGGUCACAUGCAAUACAAAAGUACCUGGAAAUACCACUGAAAGAUUUAAAGUACUACAGGUGCAUUUUACUAAUUCCAGACAUAUACAAUAAACAACAUGUGAAAGAACUGGUGAAUAUGAUCCUAAUGAAGAUGGGCUUCUCAGGAAUUGUGGUGCACCAGGAGUCUGUCUGUGCUACAUUUGGAAGUGGUUUAGGCAGUGCAUGUAUAGUAGACGUGGGAGAUCAGAAGACAAGUGUUUGCUGUGUGGAAGAUGGAGUUUCCCAUCACAACACCAGGCUCUGCCUUGCAUACGGAGGGUCUGAUGUGUCAAGGUGCUUUUACUGGCUUAUGCAACGAGCAGGGUUUCCAUACAGAGACUGUCAGUUGACUAAUAAGUUGGAUUGCCUUCUGCUUCAGCACCUAAAGGAGACAUUUUGUCACCUAGACCAGGAUAUUUCUGGAUUGCAAGACCACGAGUUCCAAAUUCGGCAUCCAGAUUCUCCAGCUCUAUUAUACCAGUUUCGAUUAGGAGAUGAAAAAUUACAGGCUCCAAUGGCUCUAUUUUAUCCAGCAACUUUUGGAAUUGUUGGACAAAAAAUGACAACUUUGCAACACAGGUCACAAGGGGACCCUGAAGAUCCUCAUGAUGAACAUUAUCUGCUAGCCACACAAAGUAAGCAGGAGCAGUCUUCAAAAGCUACAGCUGAUAGAAAAUCCAUGUCAAAGCCUGGUACCUUUGAGGGAGAUGCGAGAGGCCAAGUUACAGAUAUUUCAGAGAGGAUGUAUCCCCAAGAAGUUGAACUGGGAUCCUCCCAAAGUGACUGUAUGAUAUCUGGAAAUGAUUCAGAGGAACCUUUAACUACACACAUGUCCAGAAAAACAGCUGUUUCUCAAUUUGAAGGCAAAGCUUUGGGCCUUGACAAAGCCAUUCUUCAUAGUAUUGAUUGCUGUGCAUCUGAUGAUACAAAAAAGAAGAUGUACAGCUCCAUCUUAGUGGUGGGAGGAGGCCUUAUGUUUCAUAAAGCUCAAGAGUUCCUUCAGCACCGAAUUCUCAACAAAAUGCCCCCUUCUUUUAGAAGAGUAGUUGAAAACGUUGAAGUCAUCACAAGACCUAAGGAUAUGGAUCCCCGCUUAAUUGCAUGGAAAGGAGGUGCUGUCCUGGCCUGUCUCGACACAACUCAGGAGCUAUGGAUAUAUCAGCGAGAAUGGCAGCGUUUUGGUGUCAGAAUGUUACGAGAGCGAGCUGCAUUUGUAUGGUAACUGAUGUGUUUACAUCAUUAAAAAUUCAGUUCCCUCAAA